AUGACAGCCGAUCACUAUCUCCCUCCUCGUGAUUAUGUAGGUUAUGGACUGGAAAGUCGGCCUGGUGUUUGGCCAGGUGGGAAAAAGAUCGCCGUUUCAUUCGUUCUCAACUAUGAAGAAGGAGCAGAAAGUACCCCUUGGAAUGGUGACGAUGGAUCUUGCCCCAUGCUACAUGAGUUGCAUUAUGACCGAAAGGCCACUUCUGGUGGUAAGAGAGACGUUCUUGUUGAAGAUAUGUUCGACUGGGGAAUCCGUCAAGGUUUACCCCGUUUAUUGAAACUUUUCCGUCAAUACGGCUGGAAGUGGACAACCUGGACAUGUGCCAGGGCAUUCGAGGUGACCGGACCAUAUGCUAAGAUGCUAGUGGAUGAUGGUCACGAGAUAGCAUGCCACGGAAACCGAUGGCAAAAUCACGGCAAAAACUUCGAGGAAGUGAAAGCCCACAUCAACAAAUCGUUUGACAGACUACAAGCUUCCACUGGGCUUUCAGAUGUACCUACAGGAUGGUUUGUGGGUACCAGUCACCAAAGUCAGAAAUUAGCGAGAGCAGUUGUACAUCGGGAGCGCAAUGUACCUCUAUUAUACUGCUCAGAUACUUACGCUGGCGACGAGCCAUAUUGGGCUCCUGACCCAUAUGCAGAAAUCUAUGGAGGAGAAGACAAAGGAAUGUUGAUGAUUCCGUACUCUCUGUGUACGAAUGACCAUCUCUUCUUCGUGGCUGGCGGAGCUGGUGUAUCCGCCCCAGACGAUUGGUUCGAAAUGCUUAAAGCUGAAUUCGAUGCGCUAUAUGCUGAAGGCGGAAGGGGCUCUGCCAAAAUGAUGACCAUUGCGAUGCACAACAGAUUCGUUUGUAAGCCUGGUCGGAUAAUGGCGUUGAAGCGAUUCAUGGCUUACAUCGCUACAAAACCUGACGUCUGGGUAACAAGACUCUACCCUUAA